AUGUCAGCAACCUUUAUUACGGAUGAAGACGUAGACCUGUCAGUAAAUGACAAAUUAAAAGUCAUUAUGGAUUCGUUCAGAAAUCGCUAUGGCAGAAAGCCUGAUUUUGUGUCCAGAUCGCCUGGCCGAGUAAAUCUGAUUGGUGACCAUAUUGACUACGAAGAUUUCUCCGUUUUGCCGAUGGCUAUAGAGUUGGGCGUUUUGUGCGCCGUUAAAUGUGUUGACGACCAGCAGACUGCAGUUAUCAAACUGAGCAACUCGGAUUCCACGUUUGGCGACCGAACGGUUGAGCUGCCACCUGAUGGCGAUCUCGUCACAAUCGAUCCAGCGGUGUCAGACUGGUCGAAUUACUUCAAGUGCGGGCUUCUCGUCGCCCAGCAGCAUUUGAAAAGGCUGUUCCCCGACCGCUUUAGCACGUCUGCUUUGAAGGGAAUGGAAGUCUUUGUCACCGGUGACGUUCCCGCAGGACUUUCGUCCUCUGCGGCUUUCAUAUGUGCCGUCGCUCUCGCAGUUAUCAGAGCAAAUCUCGGCCGCGAUCACCAGAUCCCAAAGCAAGACUUGAUGAACAUCACAGUGGUUGCCGAGCACUAUGUCGGUGUCAACAACGGUGGCAUGGAUCAAGCCGCGUCAGUUUGUGGAGAGACCGAUCACGCUUUGUAUGUACAGUUUAGGCCAGAGUUGAAAGCGACUGCCUUUAUGUUCCCAAAGCUUGACCACUCUGAAGUAAACUUCAUUGUGGCGAACACGCUGAAGGUCUCGAAUAAGGUCGAAACGGCGCCCACGCAUUACAAUCUGCGAGUCCUCGAAGUGACUCUUGCCGCUAAUGUCUUGGCAAAAAACUACGGCGUAGAGCUGCCUUCUGACGGAAACAUGAAGAAAGGCACGCUGCGAAGUUUCAUGGACGCUUACUGGCAAAAGUUCCAUGGGGCUACAUCCCCUUGGGAAGGCGACAUUGACUCUGGCAUUACACGGAUGAACGCAAUGUUGGGGCUUGUUGAAAGCUGUUUCGGGGACAGAAAGUCGCUCGGCGUCGUUGACGUAGCUGCGAGCUUGGGAUGCACUUCCGAUGAACUGAAGAAGGACUUUCUGAGUCACUUUCCAGUGCGAUUUGAGACUCUGAGACUAUAUCAAAGGUCCAAGCAUGUGUACUCUGAGGCAAUCAGGGUCCUUGAGGCUUUGAAAAUUUUGACUGCAAAGACGUUUGAUUCAGACGAGGCAUUUUUCAGCAGUUUUGGUGCUCUGAUGAACGAGUCGCAGCAGUCCUGCGAUGUUCUUUAUGAGUGCUCCUGUGCCGAGACCGACGAGAUCUGCAGGAUAGCAAGAGCCAGCGGUGCAAGUGGCUCACGACUCACGGGAGCAGGCUGGGGAGGCUGCACAGUGCAUUUAGUUCCUAGUUCAAAGGUCAAUGAUGUAAAACGCACUCAUUGA